AAUUUACAUAACAAAUAAUGAAUACAUUUAAUAAAACAAUUCAACCAGAACUCAGCAUGGACCUCAUUGUGCCACCGAACGGACUCUAUGAGAUGCCACACCAACCAGAGUAUCCGGAUUAUGAGGCGAUGAGAAGACCGGUAGAGUCGUUGCGCAUGGUGAAGCAGAAGGAAGUUCUGGUCGAUAGGGAACUCGAGUUUUUCUUCAAUACGGAAGAUAUAACGAAAGUCAAUUCCGAGGUGUUUCGAGGUGUGACUAGUGGUCACAGCACAGAAUUUGGGACUCGUUAGCGAUUCGUUUUCGACUGGUUGGGCAUGUUCCAGAAUGAUUGUAAUAUGGACGAAAAUUUAAGAUAAGAUCUAUCAGAAUGAAAUUUAAAUUCAAAUUAAAAAGUUCCCCCUACU